AUGGUAGCGUUUAUGUAUUACGUUACAUUAAUAAGUAUCUUCGUGCUUUGGACAAAUGGAAUGGAUAAUGAGGAGCUUGCAGAUAGAGAAUGGUGGGAAACCACAUUAAUUUAUCAAAUCUGGCCCAGAGGAUUUCAGGAUAGUGAUGGUGAUGGUGAGGGUGAUCUAAAGGGUAUUAUUAAUCGACUUGAUUAUAUUACGAAUCUUGGAAUCGAAACGAUUUGUUUAAAUCCUAUUUAUGUUUCACCAUUAUUCGAUUCAGGAUAUGACGUCUCCAAUUAUACGGACAUAGACCCUCUUUUUGGGAAUUUAAGUGACUUCGAUAAUUUGAUGCAAGAGGUACACAAUCGAGGAUUGAAAGUCAUUCUGGAUGUUAUUCCUAACCAUUCCAGUGAUCAGCACGAAUGGUUCCAGUUGUCAGCAAGAAAUGUUCAGCCGUAUAUUGAUUAUUAUAUCUGGACCAAUGGUAGCAUCGAUAAAAACGGCAAAAAUAUUCCACCAAAUAAUUGGAUAAGCACAUACAACGACGAAAAUGGUUCUGCAUGGUCAUGGCACGAUAAAAGGCAACAAUGGUACUAUCAUAAAUUUCAUAGUUCUCAGCCAGAUCUUAAUUUGAGAAACGAGAAAGUUAUUAAGGAAUUAAUGGGUAUAUUUGACUUUUGGUUAAAAAGAAAUGUUGAUGGUUUCCGGAUUAAUGCAGUGCCUUAUUUUUUUGAAGACGAAGCCUUAAGAAAUGAGUCCUUUGUGAAAAAGGAUAUUUAUACUUUUGGUCUUCCUGAAAGCACCGCUCUUCUUUACAUAUUUCGUGAAUAUAUUGAUAACUGGGUAUCAAGAAAUAAUGCCACAUCAAAAUUGUUAAUCGCAGAAUCAUAUGACAUUUCUGAUGAUAACUUAUUGGCAUAUUACGGCAAUAAUACGCAUAAAGGAAUUGCACCGUUAAAUUUUAAAUUUAUUACACACAUCCAUAACAAUAGUAAUGCUACUUAUAUUAAGCAUAUCUUAGAGAAAUGGCUUAAACUUCUUCCGAAAAACAUCAUGACUAAUUGGGUGUUAUCAAAUCAUGACAAUUCAAGAGCAGCUUCAAGAAUUGGGUUUAACCGAAUCGACGGCCUUCACAUGCUUAGUCUUUUAUUACCUGGACAAGCAUACACAUAUUAUGGUGAAGAAAUAGCUAUGUUAGACACAAAAAUAUUUUGGAAUAGUACCAUUGAUCCCAUGGGUUGUGCCAGAGGCAUAAAUGAAUACAAAUACUUUUCAAGAGAUCCAGCUAGGACUCCCAUGCAAUGGAGUUCCAAAAGUUCAGCUGGUUUCUCUAUAAAUGAAACCACAUAUCUCCCCAUUCACCUUAAUUAUAUUAAUAGAAAUGUAGAAAUUCAACGAAAUAGAAUAAGAAGCAAUUUGAAAACGUACAAGCAGCUGGUUAUUCUAAGGAAACAACCAGUUUUUACAGAUGGAGAUUACGAAUUUGUAAGUUUAAAUAAUGAUCGCGUGUUGGUGUUAAAGAGGUCUUUGAAAAAUUAUCCAUUGUAUUUUAUUGUAAUUAAUUUGGGUCUACGACAAGAGAAAGUUAAUUUGACUUCAAUUCAUGCUAAUUUAAAAAAUACUUUAAAUAUGGUUGUGGCUUCUAGUAAUGCAAUUCGCGUCACAGGUACUGUUCCACGGGACAAUUUUAUAUUAACAGCAAAUGCUGCGGUUGUAUUAAAAAGCAACGAAAAACAAGAACAAACCACAACUGAAUCAAUUAUUACCACAAGUAUUUGUUUUUAA